AUUUUACGGGCGUUUCUUCAUAUCUUUGAUGGGAACCAUCCCGGGACUCACUUGCACAAAUAAGUCGCAUCGUAAUAAAAAUGAAGGACGCAGUUUUUCCCCGAAUCUUUGUCAUCAUCUUGUGUGCAGUGGUUUUUGUUGCCGUUUUGGUCGUUAACGGCUUAGCAGGGGCGGGUAGAGGUGCCUUCCAUUCCUCAACAGGCAAUGUGUCAGCCCGUUAUGAAACAGACAUCACACCUGCUGGCUGGACCUUCUCCAUUUGGGGUGUUAUUUAUACCUGGCUCUCCUUAAUGGUCUUAUAUAUCACCCUAUUUGUGUUCAGGGGAUCCUGGGCUCAGUGUUUGCUGCCGUACACCUUCUAUUUCUUCUGGCUGCUCAGCAUUGUGCUGAAUAUGAUAUGGCUGCUGUUGUGGGACAGAGAGUUGAUGCUGUCAGCAUUGGUUGUAUUGAUCCUGAUCGUGAUUUCCAACUAUAGUGCCUUGAGUAUCUGUUGCUUUAUCACGGAUUACUAUGGACUCUGGCUACACACCUAUUAUCCCAAAGAUCUGACCUGCGUAACAAUUCUGGUCCAGAAUGGCUUGGCUCUCUACACCACGUGGACAUCCAUUGCUUCUUUGAUCAACUUCACCCUUGUUCUUCAAUUGUGGGGUGUGGUCAGGAGCACAGCCGCAACGGUGUCCCUUUGCCUCCUGUUUGCUGAGCUGGUGGGCUGGUUUAUUCUUGAAAACUGGGUACUGGACCGUUGGGUGCGCAACAUUCUGACAGUGUACCCGGUUGUGAUCGUGGCGCUGCUUGGAAAUGUUUUAAAACAUUUUGAUCCAGUGGACCCCAGCCCAAAUGCCAUCUUCAUGGUUGCUCUCCUGGUGUUGGCAUGCAUCCUGCUGGUGUUCCGAGUAUGUAAUGUCAUCUGGAGAAACAAAAGGCGACCCCUCUUUUCUCCGGGGUCAACACGGCCGCUGAUUUCGCCCCUUGAUGCAAGCAAAUUCAAGAUACAAUUGAGAUUCUGUUGAUACUCAAAUCUUGACUUCAGGAUCUUAUGACGGAAACAUACAGUACCCUAAAAUGGGAUCACUGUAGAGGUGGAUGAUGUUACUCGUGCUGUCUACUUUAUGCAAUACGUAACGCAAGCUAAUGUGGUAUCGGAUUGUUUAAUGGACACAUCUUGUGUAUGUCCAGUAUUUAAUUCCUAUUGUUACAUGGACGUACAGUACUGUGUCACUGCUGCCAAACAAACAGGAAGGCUUUGUGUCUCCUGUAUACUACCACUACGUAUAAUCAUUAUCUCAAUAAAUAAAGGAUCGCAGUGUGAUGUUUUGAUACCUUGAUACUACCAAGUUACAAAUAGCUGGUCGCAGCUCUAGUUGUAAUUAUGAGUGAUUUGUUAUUUAUAUACACAAUGAUGAACUCAUUCGGUACCAGCCAUUUCAGACCCUUCUUAUCCCCUCCCACGCCAUGCCAAAAUUUAAAAUU